CCAUAGUAUUCAAAUAUAACUGUAAUCUUCAGUCUACACACUUUCAUUCCUUCGUCUCCAAGCAAGUCAAUGGAGAAAUCUCGGGUACGGUGGUCCGAUCUCCCGCCUCAACUCUGGCCACUCAUCGGAAAACGCCUUGAUAAUUAUAUUGACAUCGUCCGCUUUCGCAGUGUAUGUCGAUCAUGGCGUGCUUCCCUUCCUCAAUUGAACGCCAUUUCUCUUCUUUCACCUCUCCUUGUUUCUCACCCCUUCGAUCAUCGAAUUGAAGACGCUUUAGUUAUCCGAAGGAUAAUCUAUGGUACCAGUCCCCUCCGUCAUCAUCAAACCUCAACUUACCCUUCUUCUUCUUCUUCUUCUUCUCGUGCUUCCGCGGGCUGGUUGGCGAAGGUCGAGACCACUAACCUCGGCAAAUUACGAUUUCUAACUCCGCUUUCUACAGACUGGGUUAAAUCCAGGAAUCAAGUGUUUCGAAAGGAAGUCAACUUGCUGGAUUUUCGAAUUCAUGAAGUAGCUAAAUCAUAUAUUCUUAGAUCCACUAUUGGAGGUAUUCUUUUCAUAAAUAAGGUUGUAGUUUUCCCUGAUUCUGCUUGGAUCGAUGUGAAGAAGACCUCCAUUAUUGUAGCAGUUAACAUAGAAGGAAAAUUAGGGUAUACUAAAGUUGGAGAUUACAAAUGGACGCUGAUUGGUAGCCCCAAUUUUUGUUUCGCUGAUCUUAUUGUCUACGAAGGGGAAAUUUAUACCGUUGAUAGACUGGGAACAGUUUUCUUGAUUGAUUCAUCGAUGAAAUUGGUACAAAUUUCUCCUGAAUUGGGCGUUAUCAGUAACGAGAAACAUUUGAUUGAGUGUGGGGGAGAAAUUUAUGUGGUUGAUCGAUUUUUGGAGCAGAAGAAGGAUCCGGAGUUAUUGAAUUCUUGGUUUGAUGAACCGAUGCCAAGAGUGGUUGAUUUCAAAGUGCAUAGGCUGGAUCAAGAGAUCAUGGGAAAAUCAAGAUGGGUGGAGGUUAAGAAUUUGGGGAAUCGUGCGUUCGUUGUAGGGCACAAUAGUUUCUCGGUUUCAGCUGCUGAUUUUGAAGGAUUUAAAGAGAAUUGCAUAUAUUUUUCCGACGAACUACAAUCUGAUCUCGGCUAUGGCUUUAGUACUCAUGUACUCGAUCUUGAGGAAAGGACGAUUGUGAAAGCUUCUCCACAAAUUUUCAGGGCACCGCCGAUUUGGCUUCAUUCUUAGAGGUUCGAGUCCAUGGCAUUCUGUUUCUUGAUACUGUAAGGAUUCUUCUUCUUCCUCUUCUUCUUCCUCUUCUUCUUCCUCUUCUUCUUCCUCUUCUUCUUCCUCUUCUUCUCCAUUAUCGUGGCUUUGGAUUUCAUCAAUUGUUUGUAAUGUAAAUAGAAUCUCUGCCUGUAUUUCAAUAGAAGCUGAAUUGGGAAGCAUAUGUUCUUAUCGUUAUUAAGAUUUAUGGGAUUCCAUAUAGCAAUGAUCACAUUCAUGACAGUUCAUUUGAAA